GGUGAACGAGAAUCACUUUCUUUUACCGACUACUUGUUAAUGAAGUAAACAAAUUUCACGGUAGUGGGUUAUUUUUCUUUGUAUUCAUCGAUAAGAAGUUCAUCUCACUUCACCUUGAGACGUGAUUAAUUACAAACCGAACUGUGUAUAUCAAAAGAAAUCGAUACAUACUUUGACAAUUCAAGUUUUAAGUGCACUUUUGUUACCUAAUAAUUUUAUCGCGUGGUUUAGCUUUUUAUUUGCAUAUCGAUUAAUAAAAAUGAAUUAUCUGAUACUAUUUUUAAUUUUUGUUGGUGUGAUUAGCAUGGCAACGGCUGAUUUAGAGACAGCGCGAAAAGAAAGGAUCGCUGCUGCUGAGAAAUGUCAAAAAGAAUUAAACGUAAGCAAAGAUGAUUACGAAAUAAUGUACAGAAAAGAACUGCCAGCAAAUGAAGCACAAAGUUGCUUCUUGGAAUGUCUUUGCAAUAAACUGGAAUUGUUCAAAAAUGGAAAACUGGAUUACAGCGGGUUUAUAAAAUCGAUCAAAGUUAGAUUUGGAGAAGACCAAAAAGAACUGAAUAAAGCGGAGCAAUUAUUCAUAUCAUGUGAACCAAUAGUGGCGAGUGCUUCUACUAGUGGCGAAAAAUGUGGCGCUGCAAAAGCUAUGAGAGGUUGUGUUAUAGAUUUUUUCCGAGACAAACACGAUCAUCGUGACCAUCCUGGAAAUCAUUUUUAAAAUUUUUGUAUUUUAAUUUCGCCAAUAAACUUGAGUAUUAAUUUGUUUUUGUAAUUCAAAGAAUUUUAUAAGUUUGAAUUCGUUUUGUUUGUUAAUAUUUAAUUAAUUAUUUUAGCUCUGGUUUCAAUAAAAAGUAAUCGUUGAUCCUCA